AUGAUGAAGCACGCAACAGCUCUUCCGCUCGGCGCGCUGCUGCUGCUGGCGUGUUACUCGGUCUCGCGGGUCGAAUGCGUACCUCUCGUAAAGUCACAGGCGCAAGUCCUGCUGGACUGUCAGAAGGCGUGGAGCAAAACUUUUGACGGCUGGGUGGUUGGUGGGGACUGCAGCAAAGCCAGCAGCGUCACGUGCGACUCCCAGGGCAUGAUCACAGAGAUAUAUAUCGUUGACGAGAGCUUAAACGGGACAAUCCCUGACUCUAUCAGCAACCUUCAAAGCCUUUCUCACCUGUGA